AGCAUCAUGCACCAAAUGGGUCGUUUUCUUUUACAUUAUUAGUAAAAGUUCCCCCAAAAAUAUACAAAAAUACGAAAAAAUCUCUUGAUUUUCUGGACUCUUUCGAUUCAACGAAGAGAGUCCAGAAAAUGGGUCGCUCGAUAAUAUGUUCAUCAGUUGAAUAAUUCAAACCAGAAAGAAAAAAAAAAGUUGAAUUUUUUUCUAUGUGAUUGUUCUUUAUCCUUUCAAUCUUCUGUUGGGUAUUUUUUCUGCAUUAAUUUGAUCAAUUGUCAACCCUUAGGGUUCUUGUUCAACCCAAGUACUACUGAACCAAAUGAUUUGACCGAAAGGGAUUUUAUCAAUUUAUAUUACAAUGGGGCGUAAGGAUUCAUCUAAGUCGUUUGGAAUGGCAGCAUGCUUCGGCUCUCUUUUUCGAAAGAAGCCUUCUGGGUCUGCGAAAGGAAAAGGCUCCUCGAGGAGGAUUAAAAGCAUUCGGGAGACAUGUAAAAACCUUUCAUCCACAAGGAAGAAGACUGAAUCAUUGAAUAAGGCUCAAGAUUCCAAAGAUGGGGUGAAGAAGCCUGAAUCAUUGAAGAAGGAUCAAGAUUCUAAGGAUGGGGUGAAGAAGUCUGAAUCAUUGAAGAAGGCUCAAGAUUCCAACGAUGGGGUGAAGAAGUCCGAAUCAUUGAAGAAGGCUCAAGAUUCAAACGAUGGGAUGGAGAAGUCUGAAUCAUCAGUGAAGGCUCGAGAUUCCAAUGAUGAGGUGGUGCAGAAGUCACAUGGGGAAGCUGCCAACUUUGCCGCAAUGACUGAGCUUCAAGAGAAGCUCAUGAGCUUUAGAGACUUGGUUGAUUUGCCUCCUUGUGUUGGUUCUGUAACCAUUAUAGAGUUGGUGAAAGAUACCGUGAAAGAACUGCAUACGUUACAUCCUGAUGUUGUGCAUUGUAUUUCUGUGUCAGAUUCAAAAGGAGCGCCUAUGGAUAAGGUAAUCGAUGAACUUUGUGUAGCUAUCAAGUCUCUUGGGAAUCAUUGGAUGCAUAGUGAUGAAUGGAUGGUCAGAUCCAGAAAAGAUGACAAAGCUAAUGAUGAUUUGGAGAAACAUGUGCUGUCUUUGCUUGAUGACAUGAUCAACGUCACACGAGAGAGAAUGAAUAAUAUGAAGGAUAGGGAUGAUAAAGAAGAAAUGGAAGAAGAUGUAGACUCACCUUCUAGUUCCUGUGGGAAGGAUUCUAUGAGGUCGGAUUCAGAUAAAGCAAAAUUUUCAUCUUCAUCGACAACUCCAACCUCAGUUCUCCCGGAGCAUCCAAAUAACAAAUCUGCAAAGAUGCACCCUAAUGUAGCACACCAAGUUGAGAAAUCUGUUGAUCAGAGGAAUAACAAUGAACCAGCAAAGAGGGACUCUAAAGUAGCAGAAGUUGAUGGGAAGAAAAAGGAUGUGGAUUCUGAUGGUUUUGUAAAGUUGCAAAUGGAGGUUUUGGUACCACCAUCAUCGUUAGAAUCAAUUGUAGGUGCAGAGAAUGUACAGUUGAUCCCUGGUUCGGCAUCACCAUCAUCAUCAUCGGAACGGCCAUCCAUUUCAGCGACAAUCCAAUCACCACCAAAGCAGCUAGCGGUUUCCGAAGCAAGAAAAUCACCACCACCACCACAGCCAGGUGGGGAGUCGAAGAUUUCACCACCAGUUCCAAUUCCCAAGGCGUCAGAAGAUAAACCUCCAUCUGAGAUGGCCACAAGCCAUACAGCAUCAUCAUCCACCACACCACUAGGAAACACUCCACCACCACCACCACCUCUUUCGGAGGGUAAGGGUGACAUGGCAACACCUGUGCCACCUCCACCAGGACCCUCUGUGACAACAAGUAAUACGGCAUCACCACCACCCUCAAUGUCGCCUCCACUUCCUCCGCCCCCAUCUACCUCCAGUAACACAGCAGCACCAUUGCCACAUUCACCAGCAGCGCCAUCAACACCACCGCCACCCAUGGCAUCCAGCAAUGCCAUGCCUGUGGCACCAGGUUCAUCUCCUCCUCCACCAGCUUCUGUGGCACCAGGAAGCAAUCCACCACCACCCAUGGCAUCAGGCAAUGCCAUGUCUGUGGCACCAGGUUCACCUCCUCCAGCAGCUCCUGCGGCACCAGGAAAUGCCAAGCCUGUGGCACCAGGUUCACCUCCUACGGCAAGCACUCCACCACCACCACCCACGGCAUCAGGCAAUGCCAUGCCUGGGGCACCGGGUUCACCUCCUCCACCAGCUCCUGCGGCAAGCACUCCAUCACCAUCCGCAGCAUCAGGAAAUGCCAUGCCUGUGGCACCAGAUUCAACUUCUCCUCCACCAGCUCCUGUGGCAAGCACUCCACCACCACCCACGGCAUCAGGCAAUGCCAUGCCUGUGGCAUCAGGUUCACCUCCUCCUCCACCAGCUCCUGUUGAAAGCACUCCACCACCACCCAUGGCAUCAGGUGUCAUGCCUGUGACACCAGGAUCUCCUCCUCCACCAGCUCCUACGGCUAGCACUCCACCACAACCAACGGCAUCAGGCAAUGCCAUGCCUGCGGCACCAGGUUCACCUCCUCCACCAGCUCCUGCGGCAUCAGGAAGCAUUCAACCACCACCCACGGCAUCAGGGGAUGCCAAGCCUGUGGGACCAGGUUCACCUCCACAUCCACCAGCUCCUGCGGCACCAGGAAGCCUUCCACCACCACCACCACCUAUUGCUUCAUCUAAUGGGUCGGUCCCAGCACCACCACCUAUUGUUUCGUCCGAUGGUUCAGUCCCAGCACCUCCACCACCAGGGCAACAGGGAAUAGGGGGUGCUCCACCACCACCACCUCCUGCUGCUGCUGGUGGCAAGUUGCUACGCAAAUCAGUUAGUAAAUUGAGAAGAUCGUCUCAGAUGGGAUGCCUGUACCGUCAACUCAAAUCAAAGGUUGAAGGAUCCAGUACAAAGGGUAAAACAUUACAAAAGAAGGCCAGCAAAGUUGGGGCUUCUGGUGGAAAUGGAAAGAGUAUGGCUGAUGCACUAGCAGAGAUGACAAAAAGAUCAUCCUACUUCCAGCAAAUUGAAGAGGAUGUUAAAAAUUAUGCAAGUGCCAUCAGAGAGGUGAAAGCUGCCUUGAUAUCUUUCCAAACAACAGACAUGGAUGAGAUGGUCAAGUUCCACAAAUAUGUGGAAUCCCAUCUUGAGAAACUAACCGAUGAAACGCAGGUUCUGGCAAGAUUUGAAGAUUUUCCUACUAAGAAGUUGGAAGGAUUGAGGAUGGCCGCAGCACUAUACUCGAAGCUAGAUACGAUGGCCAAUACUUUGCAAAACUGGAAGAUAGAGCCUCCGGUGAACCGACUCCUUGAUCAAGUUGAGAAUUACUUCAAUAAGAUCAAAGGAGAAGUGGACACACUAGAUCGAACAAAGGAUGAUGAAAUCAAGAAAUUCAAAAGUCAAAAGAUCCAUUUCGAUUUUGGCAUACUUAUCAGAAUUAAAGAACUGAUGGUGGAUGUUUCCUCAAGCUGCAUGGAAUUGGCACUAAAGGAAAAAAGAGAGACAAGCUCCAAAACAAAUGGCAAGAAGAUGAAUUCAGGGAAAAUCCUUUGGAAGGCAUUUCAGUUUGCGUUUCGGGUCUAUUCCUUUGCAGGCGGACACGAUGAUCGUGCUGAAAACUUAACAAAAGAGCUUGCACGCCAAAUACAGACCGACAUUAAUUAGCAGGUAGUAGUACUCUAUAAAUAACAAGAAUUUUGGUUAACAUGUAUAUAUAGAAGAGAGAACGCAUGCUUGUAGCACAAUAUCGAGCCUUUUGAGGCUCGUGAUCAUGAGAGCUUUGUGACCGAGCAAUGUGUUACAUUAGGCUGUAUUGUGUCCCAUAGUACAUAACUUUUGGACACUUGUGUAUAAAAAUCAACUUUUUGCAUCAAUAUUUGAUAAUUGAUGCAUUUGGCUGCACAAAUCCCUUCCAUUUUUUGAUAGUUUUGAAGAUUCUUGUUCGGUUCUGUUUAAUCCAGUCAUAUAUGUGUAUCAAACGCUACCAUAAGAACCCAAGAGUUAUAUUGGUGCUCAUUUGUAGAUCUACAUGUGGAUUAUUGUUAAGGUAAUAUUUCUUGUAAUUCCUUAUGUUGAUUAUCAAUAUAUAUAGUUCG